AUGGCUGUCUUCGACAAACUGGACUGGAUCAUUGUUGAAACAGAGGGUCCCAGAGCCAGAGUUGAGAGAAGAAGCUCGCCACAGACUGAUCCUGAAGCCAUGGGGGACUGGAGCCCAAGGGCUAGCUGUGCCUCGGCUUACACAGCCUGGAUAGCGCUUCUAGUCGUGUGGCUGGCGUUGGGUCCGUGCCAGGCCGGAGUUCUACGACACAGGAGAGACUCGGCUCCCAGCCUGCACCAGGGUCUCGUGGAUCUUCACAACGACAUCUACACCGGGAGCAACAAGGAGGAUGGCGACGGCCAUCAUGGAAACUCGAUUGACAAGAUGUCACCUGACCCCGCCCCUGCGCCUGACCCCGCCCCUGCACCAGACCCUGCCCCUGCACCAGACCCCGCCCCUGCACCGGACCCUGACCCCGCCCCCGCCCCCGACCCUCCCUCCGCCCCCAAUCCGGACCCUCCUCAAAUCGGACCGGACAACUCCAACACAGAAGACGACGACGGACACGGGAACAACGGAGGGCCGGACACACCCUCUCAACAGCAGCAGCAGCAAGAGGAGGCGCCUCAGAAAGAGGCUGCGCCAGCCACCGAACCGCCCCCACCUCCCCCAGACACCCCCGAACCCCUACCUCCCGGAGAAAUCGCGGCGGCUAGGAAGUCAAACGCUGCAGACCACGCGCCUGAUACGGGAAGUUCCGAAGAGAAGACGAACGCCAAAGCUGGACCCAACGCUGUGGACCCACCCUAUAUCAUGGGCGCUCCGGACGGAUUUGGGGGCGGGCCCCCUAUUGGACCGCCAGGUGGACCCCCAAUCGGUCCACCAAUGGGAUCGCCGGAUCCUUUCGAUCCUUUCGGACCGCCCCCACCCCCACCACCCGUGCCUGGCUUCCUCGAUCCUUUCGAUCCUUUCGUCGGCGCGCACGGCCCUCCUCCCCCACCCCCACCCCCGCCCAAUACAGGAUUCGGAGGAUCCAUCAACUUUAGUCCUAUGGGAGGCCCCCCUCCUCCUCCUCCUCCACCUCCUGGCGGCAGGAUGGGCCCGCCUCCUCCCCCUCCCCCUCCGUUUAUGGUGGGAGGAGCCAACUUGGUCCCGCCCCCUCCUCCAUAUUUUAGAGGACCAAUGGGAAGGGGACCUAACGGGUUCGGACCUCGUCCUCCUCCUCCCCCUCCUCUUCCUUCGAAAGAAGCUCCACCUCACGAGAACCUCACACCUUCCGAGAAGAUCGCGGCUGACAAAGCGGCCAUGGCGGAAGCGAGAGCCCUGGCCAUCGACAAGAAGAACGACCUGAUGGACAUGCAACAGGACAAGCUCUCCGCCCGCACCCCGCCCCCUCCACCCCCGGAGACCACGCCCCCUCCCCCUCCCCCGCCCCCGAAAGUGUCAGCAGCGGAGCUGAAGAGUUUGGCCGCCGACAAGGCUGCUGAUUUGAUGGAUCAGCAACGUGAUCUCCUCGCCAUGGCCAAAGAAAAGGUCAGCGCAGCUAAAGAGAAGAAACCACCCCGUGGCCGCCCAUUCCCACGUCUACGGCCCAUGCCCUCUGGUCCAUUUUUCAUUGGCUAG